UUUAAUCCGUUGAAUGUUAUAAUGUUACUCUAUACAACUUUCAUUGCUCUUAACUUUGCACAAAGUCCGAUAACUCCAAAAGAAAUAGAAGUGAAGGGGAAGAUUGAAUAUUUGUUAAAAGAAAUAGAAAAUGAAGAGGAAUUUGAAAUAGAAGAAGAAGAAACUUUAGAUUUUUACAAUAGAUAUGAAGUUCCAGAAGCGGAAAAUAUCGAUUUAUUAGAGGAAAAUGAAAGAAAAAAAUAUCUCCCGGAAGAAGUUAUUUGUAGCUCCGUUGAAGCAGGAAUAUCAAAUGAUUACAAAAGGCAAGCUGUGGAAUACUGGAAGAGCAGUAAAACAGAACUAAGAUCGCUUGAAGGAGUUAAAAGAAGAUGCAGAAAAGUAACAUCGAUGCGACAAUUACGACGAUGGGAGGACCAAAUCAGUGCAGGUGGCAGCAGAGAUGAAAAAUUAAAAAGAAUUUCUGCAUAUAUAAUAAACCGUUUUAAUGAAGCGCUUGAAAAUAGAAUAAUUAUUCAUGAUAUUGACAUUGCUCGAUGGGCUUCUCGAGCACAAGAAGAGGAAAAUGUGGUAGAAUUCAAAGCUUCCGAAACAUUUAGAAGAUAAGUGUAAUACAUUUAUUGAAAAUGUAAAAUAUUAUAUUGAACGAUACGGCGUAGACAAUGUUUAUAAUUCGGAUCAGAGUGGAUUCCAACUUGAAUUUCACUCUGGUCGUACUUUAUCCCAAAAAGGUCUAAAAAAUAUAGAAGCUGUAAUACAAUCUACAUCAGCAACCACACACAGUUAUACUAUACAGCCGAUUAUUUCUGCAGAUGGUAGACUAUUAUCGCCUUUUUUUAUUAAUUUAAAGGAAGUAAUAGGAACAUUCGGUCCUAGAGUAAAAGAAACUAUGUUCAAAGCACCCAAUAUUUUUGUUACGGUUUCUAAAUCAGGCAAAUUAACAUCGAGUCAUAUAAAAACUUGGUUGAAAGAAGUAUUUUUUCCGAAUGUUGGUCUACAAUCCAUAUUAUUAUUAGAUUCUUGGACAUUGUCCCAACAUAAUUGAGGAGACGAGAACAGAUUUUGCAACAGAUAUUGUUUUCCUAACAAUUCCAGCCGGUGCAACAGGAAAAAUACAACCGUUAGAUGUAUACGGCUUCCGAUUAUAGAAAAAUUUUAUUAGGCAUUUUUCUGAUACUGUUAUGUUAUUAAAUCUUGCAAUUGAUCUUCAUGCUAGAAAUAAUAUAUUGAAAUUGCAAUCAUUAACGUACCAUCAAUUCUCGUCGCUUCAAAAUUUAUUUAAAUAUGCCUGGUUUAAAAGUGGAUAUAUACAGACUAGACCAACAGAGUUUCAAACACCGGUUGAAUUUUGCUUCCAAAGUGAUUUAAACAUAAAAUGCGAUAUUUGUGGCCAAACUGCUAUUCUACUCUAACUACUUGUUCUUGGUGUAAAAAAUCAUUGUGUAUGACACAUUUUUUCCAUAAUCAUCACCUUUGCAACGAAUAUGUACCAUAAAAAUAAUACAAAUUCAUUAUUCGCGGGCAAUAUGCAAAUUGUGUACUGUUUCUUUAUCACAUAUAUUGUUAAAUAUAU